AUGCCCGCGCUCUUCAAGCACCCUAGCGCAGUAUUGUGCUUCUAUUGCCAGUCCGGCGUAACCCCCGUCCCACGGAACCCGCGUUCCUUCCGAUGUCCUCACUGCGACUGUUGGAACCGCUACGAUGCUAAGGGAGAGAUUGUCUCGGACGAGCCUGCGAUGCAUGACGAGAAUUUGAACGCGCGCUCGUUCGCGCGACGAGCGUCUCCACGAAAAGACCGGCUUCCCACAACGUACGGGAAUGCCUCCUUCUGCCAUACUUGCCAAACAAACCAAAUGCUACUCCAAAACUUAUUGGCAAAUUAUUUGCCACCGCCCGAUGACCCCGAGUAUGAGAACCGCUUGGAACUUCUGCCAGAGUAUCAGCGCUCUAUUGAGGUCCGAUAUCCUCCUGUAUGCACGAACUGCAUGCCCACCGUCGAAGAAGAAAUCCGAAAGAAGGACCAGAUGGCUCGCGUUCGUGCUCUCGGUAGCGCCCUUCGGAAUACCAAGGGCACUGACAACCGGAGGCGUACUUCAGCGACGCGGAAGGAGAGGGACAAGCUGGAGCGCGAGUUGCGACUGUGGCGUAUACGUGGUUGCUUGUGGGCAGCGAGUGCGGCGUGCGCGAUCGCUGGCUACGCAUCUAUCACUGCAACGUACCAUCUUGUCUCCCUUCCCGAAUCCUUUCCUCCGUUUCUUUUGAGUCUUGUGCUCAUCUCGAUCUUCUGGACGGGAUGGGAUCGGACAUACGCGACUGUCCGGAGAUACCAGUUUCAAGGUAGAGCUGUUCGUGUGCAUGGCAAACAGCAGUACAACGCCUUACAGCUGAUGGCCUGGUUUGCCAGAUUGGCCACAGCGACCUUGCUAGUUCUACCAAGACUCAAGCCGAGUCUUGAUGCCGUUCACUUAUGGACAGACCCGCUGGCGCACUGUGCGCGUAUCUAUACCGGCACAAUGCUAGUGUGCGAGAUAUCGACGCUGCUAGCAUGCGCUUUUGUAUUGAAGGUGCAACAUCCUCCGCCAGUUCGGCUGGUCGACUCGAAAGGGCGUCUGCGGCAACUGUCCGCGACUCCUUCGCUGUCAUCAUCUCGCGAUGUGACCCCCGUCGCCCCAGAGCCGGACAUGCUCUCCACUCUCACACUCUCCAACAAACCCGUCCUUAGUGCCCCUUCGGUUCAGAACCCCAUCUUCGGUAUGCCGUCGCUGCAUACUGCGGCUUCUCAGGCAUCACCUCCACCCAGAACAAAUAGUGCCGCGCCUCGAUCACCUGAUAUGGACGUUGACAUGGACGAUGAUGACGACCGUGAGCCUGAUCCGGACGCCAUGGACAUCGACCGUGCUUCCCCAGUGAAGCAGAGGAAUGACGAAGGCUCUUGGCUUCGUCCUCAGCGCUUCUUUGCUCCUGAGGAGCCUACGGGGCUGGAGACUCUGUUUGCACGGACUAUUCGCUUGGUGGACACAUCUGAUCAGAACGAGCGUGCGGCACGGUCUGCUGACGGUCGCAGAUAUGCAUCGUCUCGGAAGACGGGACGCUUCCUCCGUAACUGGCGGAUAUGGCUCACUCUGUCUGUUGUUCCAUUAUUAGCUGUUGGAUAUAAGGCAUGGGACGUCUAUAGGCGAAGAAGUAACGUUGCUACUCCAGAACCGAGUAUAUGA